AGCUGUUUAUUUCCGAAUCAAAAUAUACAGCAAGCUCACGUCAUUUAUAUGUCGCUGCUCAGUCUAGAGUCGAUCGUUGAAGUGGGAAGUGCGCUCUGUGGAUCUUUACAUUUCGCGGAUAUUUCGUUAAAAAUGGUUUAUAUAGUUUGUUUUGGUAAUUUUUUUUUGUGACAAUGAGGUAGCGAUUUUGUGAUAUAUAUGUGUUAGAAAUAUACUAUUAGAAACGCUGGAGUGGUUAUUCGUUUUAUUAAUUGUCGCAAUGUCUUUUUUUAAUUUUGGGGAUUUUUCGGGUACUCCUCAAAGACCUUCGAGUGCUGUGAGUCCUCCCGCCAUACCUUUUUGUACUAGUCCAAGUCAACUUCAAGAAGUUACUCUGGAACACGAUGGAACGUUUUCAAAUACGAUGGGUCUUCGGUCUCCCAGCGGACCUAUGCGUGGACGAUCUGUCAAAGAAUUUGAAGAACAACUUACCAACCUCAAAAAAGAAAAUUUUAAUCUUAAACUUAGAAUAUAUUUUUUAGAAGAAAAGAUGGGCAGCAAUUUUACUUUAGAUAAGGAUAAUAUUGUUAAGAAACAUAUAGAAUUACAAGUUGACUAUGCGAAUUUAAAAAAAGAAAUGGAGGAAAAACAGGAUCUGCUGUGCCAAGCUGUUAAAGCGAUGGAACUACAAGACGAAGAACACAAAAAAUAUGCAGCGGAGAAGGAAUACCAGUUGAACAUGUAUAAACAAGAACAAGAAGACCUCAGAGUACAGUUGCAGGAUAUUAAAAAUGAUUCGGAAGCAACUUCAUAUAGAACCGAUACGACUGGAUUUUGCAGUAGUAAAGCUACGCAUAGUACAACAAAUGAACUACAACAGCGAAUUAAAAUUUUGGAAAAUGAGAUUCAUUUAGAGAAAGAAAACAACGCCUCGCUACAAUUCGUCAUUGGACAAACCGAAACGUUAAAAAUCCGUUGUGAAAAUAUGCAGAAAGAGAUGCAUGCUAAAGAAGACAUAAUCAAAAACCUCCAAAACGAAAAUGAGACUUUGAGCACUAGAAUUACGGCUAAUACAAUGCAAAUGAAAGACCUCCAAGAUAAAUUAGAUGUUAUGUAUAAAGAGAACCAAACUCUCCUCAAAAAGAUGCUAACCGACAAUAAGAAGUUUGAGGAAUUGGCAGAACAAUAUGCCGAACUUAAAAAAAAAUACAGUGGUGUGAAGGCAGACCUGGAAAGAGAACACAAAAAAACCGAAAGAGUCAAGUCAGCCAACGAUACAAAAGUGUCUGAACUAGAAGAAGAAAAUGAAAAAUUGAAAUUAAAAUACCGAGAACUCCAAUCUAAAUUUGAUGCAGCUGUGACUGAAAUAAGGAAAAACCAAAAUCUAGCGGUGUCUAAGAGUCCGAUGCUGAAAUCUAACAAAUCAAAUACUGACUGUCGUUCUGUUUCAGUUCAGGACCCAACAACACCUACAGGAAUUGCGGAAAAGAACGCAUUACAUGUACAGAUAGCUUCUUCUUCCGAAAGUACAAUAUCUUCAACUUCUUCUACGUCUUUAACGUCUCCGUCUACUAAGCCAGAAAAAUAUAAUGUCGACUUUGAGGAGUUGUUGAAGAGUUCUAGAAAAGAAAAAAUUAUUAGUCUAUUCACGUCUCUUAGACAGGAUUACGAAACCCAAAGGCAGAAACUAUUCAAAUUGAAAACGGAGCAAUUCAAGGCAUGUGAGAUAAUAAAAAACAUGAUCGAAUCCAGGAAUAAGGCCAACGAUGAAAUAACCCUUUAUCAAAUGCAGAUAAAAAAUCUCGAAAAAGAAUUGGAGUCGGUGGUGUCUAAGCCUACUAGUGAUGGUGACGUUGCUCCCUUAAGAGAAAGGGCUGUUAGGACCAAUAAUGAGAAAUCGAUGGAGGAGAUGCAAGCGGAAGGUAUGGACAUGGCAGAGCAGUACAAAGUUCUUAGUGUUGAGUUGGAGGCCAAAAUACAGAUACUGGAGGCAACUUUAAAAGAAAAAGACAACCAGAUUCAAAAGAUUCGCGAACAAUACGACAAUCUAUUAACAAGUUUGGAAUAUAAAGACAACAAAAUAACAGAGUUGGAAUUUGAGGUAUUAUCUGGAAAUCCAGACGCUAAAGAAAAAGAAAAGGAAAUAGAACGACUCAACUCCUUUUUACAAGAAAUCGUUAAUAAAGAAUUGUGGGAGAAAAACAAAGAAAUUGAAAAGUUACAUAGCAAACUGAUGAAUUCACCGGAAAUUUUAAAAUUGAAGAAAGACCUCACAGGAAAAGAUCAACAACUUAAAGUUUUGAAGCAAACUAUUUCUGAGCUUGGUUUAGAUCUGAAUGUUGGUUACGAUGCAGAGAUGAAAGACUUUUCUUCGUCUCCAACAAAAAUCAAUAACAUCAGAACCCUUCAAGAUGAAUUGAAAGCUUGCAAAGAAGAACGAGACUUCUUGAAACUCAAAAUCAAAGAAGUAGAAGCCGUCAACUACCCUGAAAUUAUUGAAAAACUGAAAAGUCAAGUGGAAUCUCUAAAAAUUGAUUUAGAAAAAUCCGAAAAACUCAAACGUGAAUCUAACAAAGUUUGUACUUUGCUCAAUUGUCGAUUGGAAGAGUUAACAAUAUUUUUAGAUUCUUUGUUAAAACAAAAAUCAAUUUUGGGUUAUAUUGGAAUGCAUAAAGAGAGAAAAUUGAGAGAAAUCAUUAAUAGUAGCUUAGAUUUAUCAAAAUCUUUUAAUAUGAGUUUGGGCUUUAAUCCUGACCAAAGCUUGGCACAACUCUCAAACAUUACAUCAAUUUUAAAUGGUUCAGCAUUUAAAGAUUUGUCUCUGGACUCACGAGAAGUCGAAGAAAGUCCCGAAAUUUUGAGUAUAGUUCCUAGUGAUAUUACCCUGACAUACCAAAGCCAUUUAUACAAACAAAACAAAAAAUCCGAACCGAAUUGCGAUGAAGUCAUCACGGCGUUAAGAGAACAAAUUGUUAAUUUGAAAUCGGAACUUCAGCUGAGAGAUAACGAGUUAAAUAAAUUGAAUACCAUUACCAAAAUAUCUGAUACAGAUGAGGAACAAAGAAACAAUAACUUGAGUGGAUACGCUAGGGAACUAUCCAAGUAUGUAACUCCUACAAAAAGUAAUACCACUUCAACAACUUUGAAAUACCAAAGUGACUGCCAUUCAGAAUCAGAAGGGUGGUCAGAACCAGAUAGAGCAGUGUCCAGAGCUAGAAUAGGCCUUAAUCAAACACUUACUAAUUCCAUAACAUCUAAAGAAGAAAGGUUUAGCGAAAGUACUGAAGAUGAAGCUACCUGCAAUGUAACACCGAAGAUUAAAACGAUGUAUGAUAAACAACAGAUUAUUGAACUUCAUCAACAAAUGAAUGAAUUACAAAUGGAAUGUGAACAAAAAACUCAACAACUGAGAUCAACUGUAGCCAAGGAAUUGUACGAACAAGUAAAAACUAACUUGUUGCAAACAGAAGAGAAACUUCUCAAUGUCGAAACUUUGAAAUCAGAAGCGGAAAAUCAAGUUGUUGCUCUUAAAAUUCAACUGGAAGAUUUGAUGAAAACCAAGGAAGAGUUAAUGCGUAGUAUUGUGAAUAAAGAUAAAGAAGUACAAAAUUUGAUAAACUCUCUAGAAGUUGAGAACACUGAGAAGUUGAAUUUGACUGAAGAACUUAACAGGGUUAUCCAAAAAGCAAAAGAGGAUUUGGUGAACUAUGAAAACAAAGAAAAGGAUUUCAAAGAACUUGAAACACGAAUGAAGAAGGUUGUUGAAGAAUUUGCAGUAGAUAUAGAAGCUGAACAUAUUAGAAAAUUAGAGGAAAUUGAGCAGAAAGUGACUGACAAAAUUGAACUUAUCAAAGAAGAAUAUUCCAACAAUUAUGUACAGAGGAUGAAAGAGAUUGAAGAGAACUAUUCCAAAAACUUCAUUAGAAAAUCUGAAGCGGAACAAAAAUUACUUGAAGUUGAUAGACUUAUAAGUGAGUUGGAUGAACUGAAGGAAAUGGUCGAUUCCUAUGAGCGCACAUUAAAAAUGUACCAAAGUAAAGAACAAGAAAUUAGUAAUAAGGUGGCAGAAGAACAAGAAAAGAUUUCUAAUCUAAGAAAGGAAUUAGAUGCUACAACUUUACAAUAUUCAGAAUCUGUAUUGGAGAAAACCAAAUUGGCGAACGAAAAGACUCGAUUGGAGCAAGAACUUGAAAGGUAUAACUUAAGAGAUUCUGAACUUAAACAACAACUAGCGGAAAUCCGAGCUGAAUGCGAUACCGUAUCCCAAAACUACCAGUUACAAAUUUCUACAUUGCAAAAACAGAAGUCGGAGCUUCAAGUGAAAAUCAGUGUGUUGGAAUCAAACAAUGCUGAAUUACACAACAGGUUCGUUAGAGCACAGGCUCAUCGCGUCGAACUUUCAUCUACAAUGCCAAAUUUGAGUACCACAAACCACAAUAUUGGCUUCCAAAGACAGUUUUCUCAGCCUAGUUACAGUUCAGAGGAUAACUUAGAAGAAUGUAGCAGGUACAAUCUAAAUACCUCGUUAGCAAGAAAUAGACAACAUCCAGACGUUGAUAGACAAGAAGCUAACGCAUCUCCUGAUUUGGGGAUCGAAAGUGACCAAGGACGAUUUUCAAGUUUGGAAAUGCAUCACAAUAAUACUAAUAUUGUUAGACCUUUAUUACAGACUAUAGAGUUGACUGAAUCUAUGAACAAUUUACUUGAUGGAGAUGGGGAUACCAACGAGAAGAUUGAUAGUGCGAGAACCUGAUAACAUACUAUUGUUAUCUGUGAUUGAGAAGUUGAAAUUUGGAAACAUUUAUAUAAAUUGGAGAUCUAUGAAUUCUGAUCAAUUAAAAAUUAAACGGUACACUUAAAUUGUAACUAAUAACGCUUUAUCAGCUUGUCAACUGCGACCAAGCAAGCUGUAAAUAAUUGCUAUGUAUUUUUUAAUCUUAUCAGAAAGUAUGUAUCGUUAAAACUGAUUAAUUAGUUAACUGAACUUUCACGUUUCAUAGAUGUUUCAAAGAAUUACACUUUAGUCAUUAUUUAUAAACAUUUUGAUAAAAAACUACCCCCUUCAUAAAUAACUUCGAUUAUGGUAUAUCCAAAAUCUCAUAUAAAAUAAUAAAUUUAGAUCAAGAGGACUUUCAUAAAUAGUCCGGUCAAUUUAGACAUAAAAAUAAUGGUCAAAAAUUCCCGGAAAUCCAAAUAUUGGUGGAGAGCUGGGGUUUACCAUUAUAAAUUUAAGUUUGAAAAACCCCCAUCGAUCCUAUGUGUGCUACAAAAUUUAUUCGGGGUCAAAGGUCAAAAUUUUAGUUUGAACUUCUCAACAUUAUUUUUUGCAAUUGCAAAAAAAGAUCAAUGAUAUACAUUUGCACAAUUUAUGAACAUCCAGUAAGAGAAAGAAGAAGAAAUCGAAGAAGAUAUGACUGUUGAAGUAGACUUUCAAGAAUAUGAAUCUAUUAAAAUAUCUAAAGAAAUCAAAACAAUAAUCGAUAGCAAUAUCAAUAAUAAGGUAAUAUCUAGAACUUGACGUGUAUUGUUACCUUAAAUUAUCCUAAAAUUGUCAUGACAGUUAGUGGAGUAGGCCUACAGGGGAUACCACGGUAAAAAAACGCUCCGAGUACAGUACCUCACUGGUGACAUGGAAAUUUGUGCAUAUCAUGUGUAAUGUGACUCUUACAAUCGCGAUAUCUCAGGAAUGGUAACUCUUGAAAACCAGUUUUUUUUUGAUAAAACUUACCGUUUUCAAGAAAAAUAAAAGAAACCUCAAAUUUUGGCCUUUACCCCGAAUAACUUUUGUAGCAUACACAGGAUCGAUGGGGAUUUUUACAACUUUAUUUGUAAUGGUAAACCCCAGCUCUCUAAUAUUUGCCUUUCUGAGAAUUUUUGUUAUUAUUAAUGUCUACAUUGACCAGACUAAAAACUACUAAGCUGACUAACAUGAUGCCCAGUAGUUAGGAAGAAUUUGUUUUUCCCUUUUUACUAUCUGAUCUAAUGUUGCAUUUAUUGAUUUGAAUUUGAAGGCUUAGUCAAACCUUUAAGGUCGAGAGGUGUAACCUAAUGUCUCUGGAUGGAGUCCCCAGGGAGUAUUAUUAUACCUCAGUUAAAGUAUAUAGAAUUUAUACUAGGAUGAGGUGAAUGAUAAAUAUUUAUUUGGGCACCAUUACAAUAAAACAGUUGUAAAGCUGGAAACAAUUGAGACUCAAUAUUGAUCAUUUAAAAUUAUUUACUACCAUGAUCUUCCAAAUUAAUUAGAUGCCAGAGUCAUGUCAGAGAUGGUCUUGCGUUAGUUAACUGCGAUUUAACCGUGACUUAGCAACUGCUAAGCAGUGAAUAUAAAUAACUAUCACUAUAGUGAAUUUCAACAUAUAAAAUUAUAUGGAUAUCUCUUUGGAGGUACUAGAUUUCGUUAUUUCUAGGCUAAAACUGAAGUGAGGAAUUGACAAAUAAUUUUUUAUCUUUGCUAGUAACUAUACGAGAGAAUUGACCACCAAGCAACAACAAUUCAUAAAAUAUUACAGGCCAAUUGGUGUAUUAAAACUGAAUUUUAAUUUAUUUUAUUUUUAUUAAUAGUUGCAAUUAUUCAUAUGAGAUGUGAGAGCCAAAUAUCCAUCAACUAGUUAGGGUUUAUAAAUGCUUAUUAUACGAGGGAUGCAUUAUUCUCAAUACAGCUCCUGAUACAAAGAUACAGUAUACAUGUUUAAUAGACUAUGAAAGGGCAUUUGAUCAAAUAAAGCAUCGAAAAAUGAUGAGAUACUUGAAGGAAUGUGAAUUAACUGAGUACCCGAAAAUAAUUGGAACCCUUUACUGGAACCAAUCUACAUACCUUACAAUCGAAUAAGAUAAUAUAUAAAAAGUGAAAAUAAUGAGAGUAAACAGCCAAGGCUGCAUAUUAUCUAUAGCUAUAUCUAUAUUUAUCAAUCAAGUACCAAUAGAAAGAUUCAGGAUUGGACUAAAAACCAGGAAAUAAAGGCACAAAUCAAGAAGGCAAGAUCCACCUUUAAUCAGAUGAGUGCCUUCUUCAAGAGUCACAAUAUCUUUCUUGAAAUAAAAAUGCUAGUUGGUACGUUUUCUCUGUUUUAUGGGGUUCAGUCCUGGACCUUCGAAUAUAUGAGCAAAAGAUUAGAAGCAUGUGGCUUUAUAGAUGAAUAUUAUUUAAGACCACCCAGAUAAUAAAUGAAUAGAUCCUCAGAAAAAUACAAAAGAACGAAAAAUAUUGAUAACCAUAAAAACUCACAAACUACAGUAAUUCGGCCACAUAAUGCGAAACAAGUCCAGAUAUGCAAUGUUCCAAAUCAUUCUGCAAUACAAAAUAUUUGAAAAAAGAGGUCCAGGAAGAAGUCCAAGAAAAAGUUAUCAAAACCUUGAAUCUAUAAAAUUGUUAGUACAAUGUACUUUAAAUGUAAAUAUGACAUAGCUAUAAUAGAUCAUUAAUGCCAUGCUUUAAGCAUAGUUUAAAUCACCUCUCUUAAUUUCAUUUGGCAGACCGAAGCACUAACUAUAAUUUGAUUAAAGAUUUUCAGAAAAACAUUUUUGUUAUUUACUUUUUAUUUUACAACUGUAUGUGCUUUUAUUAAAAUUGUCCGUUUUGAAAUUUUCUCUUCCUCAGAGUAGUAUUGCAGUC